CUCGUUAUCGCCCAAAUGAUAAGACCUCGAAGAAAAUCGAAACGUCCAAGCACCAAGCAGCUAUUCCCGCUCAGUUAUGCUCGUUCCUUCUCGCAAGAAUGGCCAAACCGAAAAAAGCUUCCAAAACCGCACAGUACCGAGUCGUAGAUUCGGACGCGGCAAGUAAUUUACAUCGCGUUGGUCCCGCUUACGGGCUGAUCGCGGUCUUGCUGGUGAUCGCGGGAGGUUCCAUUACGAACCACUUCCUGCGAAACCUGCCGGACGCACUGAGUGUGGCCGAUUUGGAGCAAAGUCCGGAGGCGGUCUUUAUCGGCGAACGAGCGUGGAAGGAUUUGCGAAGUUUUACGGAACUGGGCCCGCGGACGACCGGGUCUAGGGCAAACGAUGAGUUGGCGGUUGGGAUAUUCAAGCGGGAGAUUGCUGCAAUUCAGGAGGGGAAGCAUCCCGACCAGGAGGUGCUGAUGGAGAAUCAGGUGGUGACGGGAGCGUUCAACUUUACUUUUUAUGGAACCUCGAUGACCACGGUGUAUCGGAACGUGCAGAAUGUGGUGGUCAAGUUGGUGGGGGAGAGUGAGGAUGCGGUGCUGCUGAACUGUCACUUUGAUACGGUUCCUGGGAGUCCUGGAAGUUCGGAUGACGUGGCGAGUUGCACGGUGAUGUUGGAGAUACUGAGGGUGAUGUCGAGGCUACCUGGGCGGAACCGGAACUCGGUCAUCUUUUUGUUCAAUGGGGCAGAGGAAACGCUUCUGCAGGCUUCGCAUGGUUUCAUAACGCAACAUCCGUGGGGGAAGCAGGUCAAGGCAUUUUUGAAUCUGGAAUCGGCUGGAUCCGGUGGAAAAGAGGUGUUAUUUCAAAGUGGACCAAACGCUCCGUGGAUGGUUGAUGUGUAUGCGCGGACUGUACGACAUCCGUUUGCGCAGGUUAUGGCGGAAGAACUGUUUAAAACAGGGUUGAUUCCAUCGGAUACGGACUUUCGAAUCUUCCGUGACUACGGUAACAUCCCAGGGAUGGAUUUGGCGCACUUUUUGAACGGAUUCCGCUAUCAUACUAGGUAUGAUUCAAUGGAAUAUUUGUCGGUUGGAGUUAUUCAGCGCACCGGGGACAAUGUUCUUGCGUUGACUCGAGGAAUGGCCAAUUCCGAACACUUGUCGACUAGCACUGAUGAAGGUCAAGGGUCAAGUACGGUGUUUUUUGACUUUCUUGGGUUGUUUUUCGUAAAUUAUCCGGCCCGAGUGGGGCAGCUUAUCAAUGCAGUGGUAGCGUUUCUUGCGGUGUUGAUACCGUAUCGUGGCUUAUCACAAGCUGUUGGUAAUCAGCGCUCGAAUGGUGCUAUUUGGGCAGAGAUUUGCUACGGAUUCAGCGCCAUGGGGGGAGGAUUACUGCUGAGUUUGGCAACGAGUGCGGCAAUCUCGCACCAGAUGCUGGCCAUGGACAAUGUAAUGAGCUGGUACAGUAACAGCUGGCUGGUUCUGGGAAUGUAUUGCGCUCCAGCCAUCGUCUGUCACUGUCUGGUCCAGAUGUUUGUUAAUGCUUACUUCAAGAAUCCUAAAUCUUACCUCACCACUGGAACGGUAACCCAGGCUAGACUGAUCGGAGUCAGUGCUUUCUGGAGCAUCUGCAGUCUCGGAUUGACGCUGGUUGGACUUCGAAGCGGAUACAUCUUUAUGGUCCUGCAGCUGUGCACGCUAGCAGGAACCAUACUAAACUGGAUCUUCCGACUUCAACGGACUAUCCGCGCAUGGAUCGCAAUACACCUCAUCGCCCAGUUCAUCGUCGUCAUUUGGACGUCAUUCUACUAUAUCGUCUUCGUGAACCUGUUCGUUCCCAUAACAGGACGUGCCGGAAGUGUAAUAAACCCCGACUUUAUCAUCGGGAUCGUAGCCGCCCUUGGAGUCGCUCUCUGCUGCAGCUAUCUGUUCCCCUUGAUAAUCCUUAUCCGAAAACCGCUUCGAUUAACGGCCUGUUUUAGCGCUGUUGGACUGACGGCACUCAUUCUAGCGUGCUUCACUUCUGUUGGAUUCCCGUACAGGGACGCGUCCGCAGGAGAACCGACCAGCCAGAGGCAUCUCGUGACGCACACUCUCCGAGUGUUCCACGAUGAGCUUGGUCUGCUGAAGCACAUGGAUCAGGGCUUCCUGUUCGAAGUUCAGGACCGCAACGCCGACCGAAUGCUGAGACAGUUCAUCGCCAAGGAGGGUUCCGGAUUCGUCCCAAUCCAGCAGAUGGAGUCAUGCCAAACGGAACUGUUCUGUGCCCUCCCACUGGACGCCAUGUGGCGACAGGUUCACUUUGAUCACUUCUGGCAACCGACGGAGGCCGCUCCCGCGAUGAGCAACAUGUUCACGCUGGCUUACGAGGGGCGGGAGAACAUUCGGCAGGGCGUCCAGCGGAUCAACUUCAAGGCAGAAGGUAGCAUUCAGUCGGCAAUCUUUCUGGGCACGAAAGCCGGCGUUCGGCUCAUCGGUUGGAGCCUGCAGGACGUGGUGGCACCGCCAGUGCGGUUCAACGGGCAGGAGGGCCACUUUGUUUACAUUUCACAUGGCGUCCCGAGUGGGCCGUGGAACAUUACGAUGGAUUUUGAGGUACAAAACGAAAAGCAUGAAGGAACCAUCGUAGAGCUGGGGGUCGUCACCAAGUUUUGGGAUGUCCCCGAGAUGCAUACCGAGGAGUUUAACCAGUUUUUGGCCACGUUUCCGCCAUGGGCUCACGUAGUUCCUUCGGUGGCAGUCGUGAAUAUGUUUGAGUUGUGAUUUUUUUAACUUGAUUGUGUUUUUUACAUUUCUGUCAAAUAUUCUGAAUAUACAAUGUUUCAA